CAGGAGCAUCAAAAAGUCUGUAAUAUCUAUCGUUUUUAGCGCUAUUCACAUCUAUAACGACACAACUCCGUCUGUUACCAACAAGCACUGUCAGCAACUUGAGACCUCUCGUAUUUUUUACGCUAAGCUUUUGGGUGACAGUCACGCAAAUUGCAGAGGUCACCAGAACGAUAACAUUGCGUAACGCCCCAUUUUUCGGGCGGCGAUAUCCCCCGCUCGCUAUCUAUUCCCACUGAAACUCCACAGAAACGCUUGCUACGCAGGCUACGUAACGUCCCACCUACCAGCAUCUCGCAGGCGAUGGAGCAGCAAAAUGAAAAGGCUAAACUACUGUGUCCACACCCUUUAGACAUACAAGUCCUACAUCGAUCAAAGAGAAAGUCUUGUGCACGAGAUCUUAUCUUACUUUUCUUGGCUAUCGCCGGUCAAACUGGACAAAAUGUCAUGUUGCCGAUGUGGGUCGAUUCCGCCGGAUCAACAAACGCGUCUAUGUCCUCACAUGACUUCCCGUCACAUGAUUUCCGUCCCUUCACCGAUCAGUACUUUAUUUUGUUUAUAUCGUCAUUAGUUUUUGCAUUGGUGUUUGGACCGAUUGCCUUAGUUAAGGUAUGGCUUUAUCCAGUGCAGGAGUAUAAAUACAGCCGUGCACCUCAAAGGUAUCUUGUGCCUGUUGGUGCCGUGUAUGGGCUAAGCGCUGUUUGUAUUGUGUUUGGAGCAAGUGGGGAAAGGACAGCGCCUUAUUUGCAGUCAAUAUUAUCCACUGCUAAUAUUCCGGCUACACUAUUGAUAAGGUUUAUAGCACUCAAGAAAAUCCCCACAAAAAGGAAAUUUGUGUGUGCCAUAGUGACUCUGUUAUCACUAUCUCUCUGUUUAAUGCCAUCGAUAAUACCUACAAUUGACCCCCGCCAGCAUUCUGACCAGGGGGGUGCAAAGGGCGUGGCUGGAGUCCUAUGGCCCAUGUGCUUCAUGCUGGGAUUUGUGCUUUUAGCUGUGGCUUACAUUCUAAUAGAGUAUGCCGUCUCAAUGGUGUCUGCAUCUUCUAGUAAGCCUCCUGAUGUCAUGCAUAUGAUUGGCUCAACCAACUUCUAUCAGUUUCUGACGCUGGCGCUUUGCUUCUGGGUGGAUGCCAUCCCUGGGUUUGGAAGCACAAACAGCAUAGCCGAAGUCUGGAAAAAUUUUAAAUUUGGGAUGCAGUGCUUUUUUGGAGGUGUUGGUUGCUCUUCAUCCUGUGGGUUGUUGGGAAUGGGGUUUAUGUUCUGUGCUAUCCUAACCUACAUUGGUACCCUCUAUCUCCUGGAAGGCGAGGGCGCAACUUAUGUAGCCAUUGUACAGGCGAUCGUGACGCCGCUUGGGUUUUUGUUUUGGACAUUGUUCAAGGAACAGCCAGGCUUCCAUUGGCAACCAGAAGUCAGUAUCACCACGUGGUUUAACAUCGUUGGUCUAGUGAUCAUGGUUCCGUCUAUCUAUAUCUACAACACGGGGCCUCCAGACAGAACGACUGCUUCCACAAAGAAGUUAAAGAGACUUUCGAUCGAAGGAAGUCGUGAGUCCAACGCAUCCAUCGACAUGUCAACCGAGCCGCCCUAGAUAGCUCUUAAAUCUUCAUAGUAAUUACUAAUUUUGCUCUCGUCAUAUGAUAUCUGAUAAUACAAAGAAACACUUAAUAACGCCGUACCUCAAUACCAUAAUGCGCUGAUAGUGGUUAAGAUUAACUGCUCAACUUCCAACCAACAGCGCAAAGGUCUGAUCCGCAACAACGCAGCCGGCAUAGGAACAUUAUACGAUUUAACCCACCAUGUAACAAGAACGUAAGCACUAGUAUAGGUAGAGUUCAUUUUAGUUGAUAAGUGUUUACCAUGUUGGUGGUACCCUUAGAUAUAGCUAUAUGCCAAACUGCUUGCAGGUACAAUAAGAACAUUUUGAAGAGAAGUAACAAUGAACAGGAGGAUAACGAUAGAUGAUGUAAUUGCAGGAAAAGGGCCGGAACAGACGCGUACCCAAGAUUGGCUGGGGGGGGGGGGGGGGGGGGGGGUGUGUAUCAUAUAAAAAAGGUAUCAUAUAAAAAAGCAUCGUAUUUGAGGAUUCCUUAAUAAGAAAUUACCUACUUUUUGGCCGCCAAGAGGGGUGGGGUACCUUGGGCAUCCCCUGUGUACGCGCCUGGGUUGAAUGUUCUUUAAACGGUUAAACUUCCAAUAAGUUUGAUGGUCAUAGCCUAAGGCGCGUUUCAGACAAGAUUGAGGAAUCAUGCUUCUUCAGAAUUGAAAACAGAAGAAACGAGACUGAGCUGACUAAGUAUGUAUUACAGUUAAAGAAUAGGGGGCACACUCGUCCCACGAAAUCAUAUAUAUGUACGUAGUUGUAAACUUUGAUGUCAGUUUAGCUUAGAAGCGGAUUCACGAAUUGGGUCUACGAAAAAGAACUAUAUUAAGCUGCAUCGAAUGCACUGAGUCUUACUUAAGGGAUUUUUUUAAUACAUAUAUUAACGUGUCGUAUGGGGCGUUGGACGCUCUUUACUCCUCGGGAUCAAAGUGUCCCUGCAAUUUAUGCACAUGUUAUUUUUAACUCAGGUAAGAUGUAUACUAAAACAGUAAAUUGUAAUAAUUUA